AUGUCAGCGCCAUCUGGUGAGUCAAGGCGAAUUACCGAGAUGCACACAAGAGCACGACCAUACAGCAAAGAUACUCUGUGCGCAGGCUCGAAAUACUUCGACAGGGCACUCUCAGGCCCCUUCCUGGAAGCAAAGACACAUCGCAUCGAACUUGACGAUAUCUCAGUCUUCUAUUAUCCGAAAGCACGCCUCGAUCAAGAAUUGAGGACAUUACUGGAAGAGGAAAGGAUCAACAAAGGAUACACCCCUGAGGAGUUGGAGGAGAAGCCGGCGUACCCAUUCGACGUCAAAGAUCCCAGCAGUUGGCUCGAGCUCAACCUCAUCGAUCUCUAUAUCCUUGGAGACAGAUUGGAUGCACCACGAUUCAGAGCCAAGAUUGUCGAUGCGAUUGCCAGACAAGGGCCUCCAAAUAUAGUCCAUAUAAUGUACCUCUACGCCAACUUGGUCGGACGUUCUCCACUGCAUCGUCUGUUCGUCCAUCAGGUAGCUUACGAUCAAGCCUGGGCCAGACGGAAAAAAUCAUCAGAACAUCUGCUCGUCGAGUUCCUCUGCGAUAUCAUGACUACCAUGGGAAGAAGGCUGCCUCAUCGACUUUGCAAACCAUGUCAUGUGGAAGGCAAACGCGCCAACAUGCUCAAUUCCAGGAAUAUCGAUGAUGCUUGUAAGGAGCAAGACAUACCACCUUAUGACCUGGAUAUGUGCUUCUACCAUGAACACAAGGAUGGCGACGAGAAGUAGCGUGUCGGGCUGAGCGCGAGAGAGAAAGAGAGACAGCUUCCAGCGAGGGUUGUUAAGAGAAAAUUCACAAACGCAGAUGUGGCUGUCGAUCGGAUUCGGGAUGGCCGAAUAUUAAUUGUCCCAAAAAAAAAACUCGCGAGCAUCUCUCAAACUCGCUACAUCAUUGGAGGAAACUACCCUGCCUUGCAUCAAACGUAUUUCAAGUACGUUGUCAGAGCCGAAGUCAACGUUACUUAAGCAUGAGUAAGUGCUCACCACCUUUCCUCGAACAGAAAAGCUGGUGUAGAGUAAUCUAGAACCCUACAAAUAUUCCACAGUAUGUUCUUGUGUAAAGUAUUCCAGAGCCUAAGAAGCAGAGGUUGCCAAU